AUGGAGGUUAAUUCCUUAAGUACCCCUGCAAUACACGAUACAAUUACCGAUACACCUGGUAUUAGUAGCCCGGAUAAUGGUGAUGAAAAUCAAAAUCCGAUUCAGAAGCAAAAAAGAGCGAAGACUUCAGUGGCAUGGUCGGAGUUCAAGGAGGUGGUACUCCCUAAUGGCACCAAAAAGGCUGAGUGUAUCCAUUGCAAAGUCAAGUUGAUUAUUAAUGCAACCGGAAGCACCACCCAGUUCAAUAGACAUUUAAGCCGGUGUUUAAGAAGAAAAGCUUCCAUGAGGCAACAACAUAUUAGUUUUCCGACUGCCGGUAAUAAUGUUCCAACUACUAUUUUGCCAGCUUUAAGUGGGAAGUUUGACAUGUCGAAAAUGAGGGAAUUGAUCGCCCAUUGGGUAUAUGAAAGUGAGAAGGCCAAAUUGAAGACUUUGUUGAAGACUGUGACAAAAAUCAGUUUGACUACAGACUUAUGGAAUUCAGGGAAUCAAAAGAUGGAGUAUAUGGUGUUGACCGGGCAUUGGAUAGAUAGUACUUGGAGGCUUAAUAGACGUAUCCUCAACUUUGUUCGUCUACCUCCUCCUUGGACUGGUAUUGCGAUUGCGGAUGGCAUUUUCAAGUGCCUAAUGGGAUGGGGAAUUGAAAAUAAGAUAUAUACUAUUUCUGUGGAUAAUGCUUUAAGUAAUGAUGUUGCGAUUAAGGUUUUGAAGGAAAAUUUUGAAGUUUCGGGGAAACUCCUUUGUGGAGGUAAACUGUUUCAUGUGAGAUGUUGCGCACAUAUCUUGAAUCUGAUUGUUCAAGAUGGACUUCAUCAAAUUAGGCACAUCAUUGACGACAUCUAUGAGAGUGUGUUGUAUAUCAACAGUUCUGAAAGCAGACUCAAGGUUUUUCCAAGAGUGAAAGAGAGGGAUAUCAAUUAUCAUAAUAAUCCGAGUGACGAGGAUUGGGAGAAAGUGGAGAAAGUUUGUGAAGUUUUGAAAGUAUUCAGUGGUUCAACCAAACUCAUUUCAGGAAGUGAUUAUCCGACGUCUAAUUUAUUCUUGAAGGAGGUGUGUGCAGUGAAAUGUAUGUUGGAUAGUAAAAGUGAAUCUGAAGAUGAAUUUAUUAGAGUAAUGGUUAGGAAAAUGAAACAGAAGUUUGAUAAAUAUUGGGGGGAAUGUAAUGUAUUGAUGUCUGUGGCUGCUAUAUUGGAUCCUCGAUUGAAAAUGAGGGUUAUUCAGUGGGCAUUCCCUAAGAUGUAUUCUGAGGCAGAAGGACGGGCAAAUAUGGUGACGGUCCGGGAUGUAUUGUAUGAGUUAUAUGGGGAGUAUGUUCAAGCUAACCAAGGUGUGACUAUCGCCCGUGCUUCUACAUCACAAGGGGAUGGACAUGGAGCCAUUGAUGAGGUGGCUGUGGUUGAGGGAGCCAAGGCCUGGGAUGAUUUUAGCACUUUUCUGGACGUGGUUGAAACUGUUGAGCCUAGUCAGUCUGAGUUGGACUGUUAUUUGGGAGAGGGAUGCCAUAAGUGUGUGGGGGAUCAUGACUCAUUCGAUGCCUUACAGUGGUGGAAGGCAAAUUCAACCAAGUUUCCUGUAUUGUCUAGGAUGGCUCGAGAGAUACUAGCCAUCCCGAUCACAACGGUUGCUUCAGAGUCUGCAUUCAGUGCUGGGAGCAGGGUUAUUGAUAGUUACCGAGCUUCUUUGUCACCAGCUACGGUGGAGAUGUUGUUAUGUGGAUGUGACUGGUGUCGCACUUUGAAUGGAGUGAAGAAAGGGUGCAAAAAAGAGGAGGAUGAGAAUCACUUGGAGAUUCAGCUUCCUGUUCUAUCAGGUGAUGGGAGUCAGCAGAUUGGUUGA